GCUCCCUUGUGUUUUGAUCACAAAAACGAAACCAAGUUCUACAAACCCCAUAACAAAACAAAGAUGGCUAAAUACGCAUGGUACACAAGAGUUGCUGAUACAGUACAUCGUCUAACAGUUCUGACCCUUGUUGGUGGUUGUUUCUACAUCGUUGGUGGAUUAUCGUGGACCAUCUAUCAGAAUGGAAAGAAGUUUGAACAACAACAACAAUUGGCUGCUAAACCUGCGGAGGAAGACCAACAACAACCACAACAGUGAUGUUUUUCAAACCAAUGGUGCUUUUAUUUUGUUCAUAUGCUCUCAAAUUCUUGUCCAUACGUUCCUCUUUCUGUAUAUG